GUACUAACCACGCGCCAUAGUUAACAUCGUAUAAUGAAUGCAACUGUUGCUUCCCAAAGUAAUUUUGACAUCUUACAGGGACAUACUGAGGUCCUUCCCCGCAAAUGCAAAGUUUCUUCUCAGAUUCUAAUAAAACAGCAUUUGGAUGCCCAUUACAGAAAUAUUCAGUCUGCUAAAGCAUGUAUUGACAAUUCAACACCAUAUUCGUAUUUCAGCAACCCAACUACUAGGGGUUACCGAAAAUCAUCUAGAGUCCAUAGAAGACCUCUUUCUAGUAGACCAGAAACAAAUAGCUUCUGCAAUUUAGCUAUGGUAAAUACGUUCUCAGAUGAUCCUGAAGUCGACCAGAUUGUGCGAAGAUUUCUACUUGACGGAGACGAGAAGUAUGUAGAACCGCUCAGAUUUGGUGAAGAUCAGUCUUUGAAUGCUGGUGGCGAAAACGCCUGCGAUAAAUAUAGUUGUGUGGAUGGUGUUUCUGCUAGCAUUCGGAGACUGGAAGGAGACUGUUACAGCAACAAAACUAUGCAACAACGCCAGUCAGUUAGCAAUGAUAUCAUGGAUAUUUAUCAUAAGAAGUUCACUAAGCCUAAACCAUUCUCUCCAAGAACAAUUAAAUCUAACGCUUCAUCUAAACUAAUCGGUUUGAGGUGUUAUAACCCGCCUAAAAGAGUUGUUCGUGUCUGUCAACCCGAUUCCAAGGUGAUUUUAGAUGUGAAACCAGUAAUACGAUUGAAUAGAUCGAAUAGCCAGUGUACAACAGAUACAAAAAUAAAAGAAAAGCCUGUACCAAAAUCUGUUGAUGCAAAUCAAGAUGAAGUUAUCUCUUCACACUUGGGAAAGCGUUUAUCGCGUUAUGCUUCUUCUUCAAAAAAUUCAAAUAUCUCACCGAAUAUGUUAUCCUCUUCUCAGAAGCGUGUUUCACUAACUAAUUUACAAAGGAAUCCAAUAUCUGAUGGAUUUAUCGAUAGAUCACAGAAUUUCGGGAAAGUUAAUCAAUGGUUAAAUACUUUACCUGGUAACAGUACAAUUCAUAAAUCAGAGACAGCUUUACCAACGAGUCAUGCAGAAGAUCUCCAAACAAUUAUUCCAGAAAAUGAAUUCAUUAAGGACAAUGUAAAUCCUCAAAUGAUUGAUAAUUCUGUAGAAAAAGAAAUAUCAGUAGAAAAUUUAAAAAACGAGAUGAAUUAUUUGAAAUUUAUAUCUUCCGUCACUGAAGAUGUUCUGACACGCGGUGUUCUCACUGAUAAAAAUGUUAAUACUAUACUGUUGGAACACGCUACUCUAAAUGAAUAUGGACUGUCGACAGAGCAAAUGAGAAGAGCAAUUCAACAUAUUAGAUCACAAUUGAAUAUUACCACUGAAGAUGCUACUGAACUGACUGCUGGUCUAAGUCAUGUACUGGAUUCAAAUUCACCUAGAUUACUACUGCCUUAUUCUCAAACUCAUAGCAAGACUGGAGAACAGCAGAGCCCACUCCAUCAACAAUCGAACCAAGAACGUCAACAGCAUAAACAACCGACUAUUAACUACAAGACAACAAUGGAUAUUAAAUCACCUUCUAGAGCUACACUGCCACCACCUGCACCAUCUAAAGAAAGCUUUCAGCCACCAUAUCUUCGUGCAACAGUACCAAUAACAACAACGACAACGUCGGUAAGUAUUAAACCCAGUGAGAAUAGUCAUCCAUUGAAAAAUGUGAAAACAGAAUUACAGCAACCAGUAGCUACUCAAGGUGCUGAACAACUUAGAGAGUCGAACACAUUCCCAAGUCGAAGUCAUAAUAUACCGGAAGUUGAUAGGAGCUUGAACCAAAUGCCUAAAGAUCCUUCUACGUUAUCAGCUAGGAAACAAAUUCUUUCAUCAAGAGAUUAUGGAGAUGAAAAAAUUAAUCAAAAUCUAUACGAUCAAGAAGACACUUUGAAUGAUCAGCAUGCUAUUUUAGACAGUUCAGCCACUAAUACGUCUCUACGUACAAUCACAGUGACCAAUACUAAUUCCACUGAGGAAAUUAAUUCACUUCAAACACAAAAUGAAGCAACAUGCAAUACUGUACCAGGGAAAGAUUUAAAAUUGACUAUUGAACAUGCAAUUGAUGACAUUGAUCCUAUUGAUGAAGAAAAACAGAAUACACGUCAAAAUCGAGUAAAAUUUGCCUCAGAAGCUGAAUUUUUUUCACCGUCAUAUUAUAGUGAACAAACUACUUCUGUAAGUAGUGUCACCGACAUGACACAUGCAUCCAGCACAAGUGUCACUAAUGCUAAUACAACAAAUACUGAUGCUACAGCAUCUGAACUUUUUAGUUCAGAGGAAGUAGUUAUCGUUUCUCCGAGUAGAUCACCUUUACAAAUAUCCGAUUUAAACAAACAAGGAGACGUUAAUAAAAUGAAGUCGAAUGAGUAUAAAGAUACCACAGAAAAUUCAGAUAACGGAGAAAGAAACGAUAAAAAAGAGGCAGAAGAAGAACAAGAAGAAGAGACAAUGUAUAAAGAAGACUUUGUUUCAGACUGUGAAGAUUAAUUUGAAAAAGAAAGCAACUUGUUUUCAGAAAUAACUAAUCAAUAAAUCAAUCCUAUUCAUCGAUCAUUUACCCAUGCAUACAUAUAUAAAAAUAUAUAUAUAUAUAUCCACACUGAAAGAUACAUAAACAUUCAAGAACAUAAGCAGAUUUUGUAGACAUUCAUAUAUACUCCUGCAAUGUGUAUGACAUUAUCAGUUAGGUUUCUCAUUAUUAUUUCUUUCUUCAAUGAUUUAAGGCAAG